AACAACUAACAAAAUCAAACAAUCAACAUCUCUCCCCCAUAAUAAAGGGAGAGAGAUUAAUAUUUCUCUGUAACAUUCCUUCUCUCUAAUUAUAUCUCUACCUCUCUGACCUCAAAUUUCAAAUUGAUUAUGGGCUGUGGGGAUUCAAAGCUCGCCGUUGCCACCAGCAACGCCCUCGUGCGCCGCAAGAAAUCCAAUGCCGAGGAGACCACCAAGAACAGCAAAGACAUCGAAAUCAACCCCAAAACAAUCACAGACUGCAACAACAGCAUAGCAAACUCAACGCAACAACAACAACAUGAGCAAGAAGCUGCAGCAGGCCGUGGUGAACAAGUUGUUAAUAAGAACAAUGUGGAUGGUAUGGUGGCUGAUGAGGUGAAGGACAUUAAUGAAAACAAAAAGGAAAAUGGAGAUGACAAAGAAAUAAUAGACAAAGGUGACAACCAGGUUUUAGUGGUUUCGGAGCAUGAAGCCGGGAGAUUUAUAACAUCUGAAGACUCACCAAGGGAUUUCUUUUCGUCAAGGAAAUUAGAUGAGGAAGCGAUUGAUGGGAUCAUUUCUGAGGGAAGAUCUGGAGCGUCCGAUUAUUACACUCCACGCCAUGGACCUGGAAGUAAGGGAAACUCGUUCUUCAAGGUGGAUGAGGAAAGCAAAGUUGUAGAGGAGGACAAAGAAUUGUUGCCUGCUGCUGAAGAAACAAAACUAGCUGUUGAGACGACGUCCUCAACAGAAAAUAAAGGAGAGCCAGCAGUACUAGUGGAGGAGAAAUUGGUAAAGGAAACUGCAGAAGUGGAAAUCAAAACUGCUACUGUUGAAGCCAAAGUUUCUAGCCCUGCUGCUGAGGAAGAGAAGAAAGAAGAGAAGAAAGUAGAGAAGAAAGAAGAGAAGAGUUAAUGUGAAUGUAUUUCUACAUACAGGUUGUGGUUUAGUGGCUGAUUUACCAGACGGAUUUGAAAACAAGCUAUGCAUCUAACUAACAUGUCGGGAAUUGUAUACUAACAUAGUACUGUAUGUCUUGUGCUUGGCAUCACUUACGAGUUUCAGAAUUUGUGAAAUUUCAAUCAUAUGUGACACAUGUACGUAACAAGCAGCUAACCUCUUAAUGAAAGUCUUUUUAGUCAGAUUUGAAGAAACCUAGGGAUUGAUUUGUCUUAUAUAUAUGCUUGUUCACUAUGACAAGAAGGAAUUGUGUGUGUGUGUUUGUGUUUGUGUACUGAUCAAGACCCUGUAAGAGCUCUCACUCCAGG